AUGGAAAUCACUACCAUUCCCGCCGAAACCUACACUCUCGGCUUCAUCGGCGCAGGAAAAAUGGCCGAGUCCAUUGCCCGUGGCGCCGUCGGCUCCGGUGUCCUGCCGCCUUCUCGCAUUCGCACUGCCGCUCACUCCAAUCCCGCGCGCCGCACCGCCUUUGAAUCCUUCGGCGUCACCGUCCUCUCAUCGAACGAGGACGUUGUUCGCGAAAGCAACGUCGUCGUUCUAUCGGUCAAACCUCAAUUAGUGAAAGACGUGGUGUCGAAAUUGACGCCGAUUAUCACGAAGGACAAGCUUUUGGUUUCGGUGGCUGCUGGUAUCAAGUUGAAAGAUCUUCAGGAAUGGGCUGGGAGCAAUAGAUUUAUAAGAGUGAUGCCUAAUACUCCUGCUGCUGUUGGCGAGGCAGCAUCAGUUAUGAGCUUGGGGGCAGCCGCAACAGAAGAAGAUGGAAAUAUUAUAGCUAAACUGUUUGGGUCAAUUGGAAAAAUAUGGAAAGCUGAAGAAAAGUAUUUUGAUGCAGUAACUGGUCUGAGUGGUAGUGGUCCUGCCUACAUUUAUUUAGCAAUAGAAGCUUUGGCUGAUGGGGGAGUAGCAGCUGGUCUACCACGUGAUCUUUCAUUAAGUCUAGCUUCUCAAACUGUAUUGGGAGCGGCAUCAAUGGUGACACAGACUGGGAAACACCCGGGGCAACUCAAGGAUGACGUUACUUCUCCAGGUGGGACAACAAUUACGGGCGUUCAUGAGUUAGAAAUCGGUGGGUUCCGUGGAACACUGAUGAAUGCUGUUGUUGCUGCUGCUAAGCGCAGCCGAGAGCUUUCUUGA